AUGUUGACGAUUCUUGUGCCUUCCCUCACGCUCCAUCUGCCUCUCCCCAUCACACCAGACACGCUCGUGUCGUGGUUGCCGCUGUACUAUCUGCUGAAGCUGCUGGUUCUUGCUGCGUGCAUGUACCCGGACCGCAAGCGCAACCUCAGCCACAUCCUCUACUACAGCCUCAUCCGCCCAUACCUCCUCAAGAAGCAAUCGAUUGUGGACAGCGGAAUGCGCGCAUCUGCAAACGCCUUCCGCAACGCUGCAAAGGUUGUGGAUGACGCUGCCGCCAAGCGCGACUGAGUCAACAGCCACGAACAGAUGCAAGAAACGAAGACCGUGUGCGCUGUCCCGUGACAACCACGGGUAACGUGUCUGUUCUUCCUUCCUUCAUUCCCAUCUUCCUUCCUUCCUUCCUUUGUUCUGAUGCGAUGUGAUGCGGAAGUGGCCUACCUGUCGUUCAUGUGCUGUGGGUGCUUGCCAUGCUGACUCUUGUGUUUGUGCGAGUGCGUCGUCGUUCCUGCCCUGUUCCACACACACCUCUGCAUACACAGCCCGCACAAAGCGAAGAGCG